UUUUGUAUUUUCUUUUUUUUCAAUAGUGGAAAAAGAACAUCUUCAUUUUCAAUUCAAGAAAAAGAAUCGGGAAAAAUCCUCUGAAGCAAAAACAAAAAAAAAUUCUAGGAUUAGGGUUUUCUCCUAUCUCUCUCUAUAAUUCUUCAUAUCUCUGCAUUUCCUUUUUUCUUUUUUCAAAUAAAAUUUUAACUCAAUUCUCUAUUUUCACAUUUCUAGGGUUUUCAUUUCCCCUGAUCGACUUCCCUUUCGUCCCAAAGAUCGAAGCUUUUUCACCAUUUUAUCGUUCAAUGGUAUUGGAAAUUUUAAAUUAUAAAUUUAUUUGUUAUUUCAUCUAUUAAUUUGAGUAUUUGCUUAAAAUUCCUUUUGGUGUGUAAAGUUUUUAGCCUUUUCCUUUUCUUUACCUCUAGUGGGUAUCUGUUAUUUAUUUCCAUUUAAUUUGGGUUUUGCUGGUUAGUAUUAUUAAAGUUUGAGACCUUUUUCGUGUCAUGGGUCAACCAUAAUUAUUGUGUUUUUUAAUUUGUUUGUGCUGCAUUCAUCAGAUUAUAUAUAAAUUUCAGCAUUUUAGAAUUUAGAGUAGUACAGUAUCUGGGGUUGUGUUUUAAUCUAAUUUGGAGGGUCAAUGUAUCCUGCUGGUAUGGAUUAUGCACGGGACAGUGGUACGGCUCUGAUUCCUACACGUUUUGUGUGGCCUUAUGGGGGAACAAGUGUUUGCUUGAGUGGCACAUUUACUGGGUGGUCGCAAUGGCCGAUGACUCCUGUUGAAGGAUGUCCAACUGUAUUUCAGACUCUUUGCAGCAUACCACCUGGUUACCACCAGUACAAGUUCAUUGUUGAUGGUGAAUGGCGACAUGAUGAGAACCAACCUUUUGUGACUGGAAGCUAUGGAACAGUUAAUACUGUCCUCUUGGCUAGGGAAUCGGACUACGUUCCAGCGGUACUAACUCCACGAAUACCUCCUAGUUCUAGCAUGGAUGUGGAUAGUCAGGCUUUUCAGCGCUUGGUAAGAGUGUCAGAUGAUGCUUUGCCAGAUGAUGCUUCCAGGAUAUCACAGACAGAUUUAGAUAUUUCCCGUCACCGUAUAUCUGCAGUCCUAUCAACACAUACAGCUUAUGAGCUGCUUCCAGGGUCAAGCAAGGUCAUUGCUUUGGAUGUUGACUUACCCGUAAAGCAAGCAUUUCAUAUUCUUCAUGAGCAGGGUAUUCCUAUGGCUCCUUUAUGGGAUUUCAGCAGGGCACAAUUUGUUGGAGUCCUUAGCGCUUUGGAUUUUAUUUUAAUCAUGAGAGAGCUUGGGAAUCAUGGUUCCAAUCUGACGGAGGAAGAGCUUGAGACACAUACUAUAUCUGCAUGGAAAGAGGCAAAAUCUUACUUAAGCAGACACGCCAAUGAGCAUGGUAAAUCAGUUCCCCGACGACUUGUCUGGGCAGGGCCAGAUGACAACUUGAAGAAUGUAGCAUUGGAAAUUUUGCAAAAUGGGGUGGCUACAAUACCUAUAAUUCAUUCACCAGCUCAGGAUGGAUCAUAUCCUCAGCUAUUAUAUCUUGCUUCUCUUUCUGAGAUACUAAAACAUAUUUGCAGGUAUUUCAAGCAUUCUCCAGAAUCUUUACCAAUUCUUCAGUUGCCAAUUGGGUCAAUUCCUUUGGGCACAUGGGUUCCAAAAAUUGGAGAGCCAAAUCGACAACCACUGGCAAUGUUGAGGCCUACUGCCUCUCUAAAUGCAGCAUUGGAUUUGUUAGUGCAAGCUCAAGUUAGUGCAAUUCCCAUUGUUGAUGAUAAUGACUCCCUAUUGGAUAUAUAUUCCCGAAGUGAUAUUACAGCUUUGGCCAAGGACAAGAUUUAUACACACAUAAGUCUUGAGGAAAUGAGUAUUCAUCAGGCAUUGCAGCUUGCAGAGGAACCAUAUGCAUCGUAUGGGUCGAGCAGUCAAAAAUGUCACAUGUGUUUACGUUCUGAUCCAUUGCAUGAAGUGAUGGAAAGAUUGUCCAGACCUGGGGUCAGGCGACUUGUUGUUGUGGAAGCGGGAAGCAAACGUGUAGAAGGUAUCAUAUCACUCAGUGACAUUUUCAAGUUCUUGCUUGGCUAGCUGAAGCAAAUAAUUGACGGCAGACGCAAUUUUGAUGACGGUUGCCUUUAUCAGUAUUACUCAUAGCUCAUGGUGCACCCCAUUUUUUAUGGGGAUUCGAUCCCGAUUCUUUCGUGUAUACAAUUGAUUGGCCUCAAAGUAUAAUGGCCUGGUCUUUUAGGAUGUUAGGCUAAAAGAAUGAGGCAUGUAAAUUUUCACAAUUGUUUCCCUCCUUUCACAGUUACUAAAGGAUUAAGAUCAGCUGGCCAUAUUUUCCUUAAUAAGUAUUAUUAGGCAGGUUAUGUUGCCAUUAUAUCUGUUGCAAACUGAUAAGUACAGUAAAAUCACAGUACCUGUUAAUAGUU